UCGACAUCGGCGAGAAUUUCAUAAAAAUCUUAUACAAAAAAAAUGGCCUCCGAUUCGGGCUCAUUUCCAGUUUUUGUACCCAACGCGGAGUUGGAUAAGAAUAUUUUAAGCUGUAUUGGUGAAAAGAUAACCCAUCUGAUCCUGUGGCGCGACUGGCGAAAGUCGGUUCUGGUAUUCAUAGUCCUGCAGGCUAUAGUUUUCGAUCUCACUAAUGAGUCGGCCAUAAGUGUGAUUGGCGUAUGGGGUCUGUUUGGACUUUGGAUAACCGUCGGCUACCGCUUCUAUGUGCGAUGCCUUCAGUGCUUUAAUAAGACGAAUAUUCAGGGAAAUCCCUACCAAAAAUAUCUUGACGUGGACAUGAAUAUUGCCAAGGAGCCAUCAAAACAGAUUAUAUAUUUGGUGUCAUCCAAAAUCUUUGAAUUCCUCAUCAAGCUGCAAUCGAUUUUUUUUGUAAAGAAUCUUUGGACGUCCCUCAGGUGGAUGGUAAUCUUAACUGGAAUGUAUCUACUUGGUGAGAUUAUUUACAUAAGCUAUAUAGUUCAUUUGGGGUUGGUAUUGCUCUUCACAAUGCCCAAGAUUUGUACGUGGAAUCUACCGCUAAUGAAAUUUCUAAAGCUUGGUAACUAUAACGUUACAGGAAAAGCCAUCCAGCUGAGAUCUCAGUCCCCAACCCUGGAGGAACUAGAUAUAAACUCCUUAAAGAAGUCGGAUUCAGAUAUUAAGCAAGAAUAUUACGCCGAGGGCAAAAAUUCUACAACUUUUGAAAUGAAAGAAGCGAUUGAGGAGUUUGAGCGUCUUGGGUAUUCCUCGAUGGAAGAAGAAACGGAAUGAUAGAUUGGAAAAAAUCAGAAGAAAACCUAUUGAUCCACCAAAAAUUCGUUCUAUAUAUUUUAAUGCGAUGGAAGAAAUUUAGUUUGUGGGUGUAUUAUCCAACAGUGAAGCCAAAUAAAUACUUUGGAAAAUAGUAUUAGCAUACUA